AAGUUCACUUCCUGAUCCCACUUACCUUCCUCCAACAUAUAUGGUACCACCAAAGGAGCGACAGAAACAACAUUUUUUGUGAAGUGGAAAGAAAUAGCAAUGAUAUACCUCAUUAUCCUGGGAGCCAUCUCAGGUUUAUCUGAAGGAGCUGGUGUGUUACCAGAUGGUCCUCUGAAUGCACCUGUAGGAGGGACGGUGAUGUUCACCACAACUCUGACUCCAUCAGAUGGACCAUUUACUGCAGUGUUCUGGAACUUUGGUGGGAUGAAUAUAAUGAGCUAUGAAACAACUUCAAGCAUAACUCAUCCAGACUAUGAGGGCAGGAUCACAUUCUUCCCAUCUACUGCAUCUCUGGAGCUCAGGGAUCUGACACUGGGUGACAGUGGAGAGUAUUCAGUUAACAUUAUGCCAGGACUUCUGACAGGAGGCACCAGACUGGACAUAUAUGAGCCAGUCUCCAGUGUAACAGUAACUCCUCCCAGUUUAGACUUGGUUGAGUUCAACAGUUCUGCUCGUCUGUCCUGCUCCUCCUCUGGAUCAUUUCCCUCUUAUGUCUGGAUGAACGGCAGCUCUGAGGUUACAGCCAGUGACAGAGUUCAUGUCACUGAUGGAGACUCCAAUCUGACUGUAGUAAACGUGAGCCGCUACGACCAGGGAUCAUACACGUGUCGUGUGUUCAAUCCUGUCAGUAAUGCCAUCAGUGAUCCAGUGAUCAUCUCUGUCAGCUUUGGCCCAGAAAAUGUAACACUGACAGUUUCUCCUUCAAAAAACCUCUACAAGGAGGGGUCAAACAUCAGCCUGACCUGCUCAGCUGAGUCUAGACCUCCAUUCCUCCAGUUUUUCUGGUUUCUGGAUGGAGAGCAGCUCUCUGGUACUGGACCAGAACUCAGACUGAUGAACAUUCAGACGAAUCAGAGUGGAAACUACAGCUGUCAGGCCUUUCAGAGCAAAACUCUGAGAUAUGAAACAUCUCAACCUUCAUCAAUCACUGUUCUACAGCCAAUAUCAGGAGCUCAUGUGAGAUCAACAAACCUGACCAUUGAGGGAAACUCUGUCAACUUAACCUGUGAUGCUUCUGGAUCUAUCGUUACCAUAAAAUGGAUGAAAGAUGGUUCAGAUCUGAUCCUGAAUGACAACAUGGCACUUUCUGAUAAUAACAAAGUGUUGUCUUUUAACACUGUAAACAGAGAAAACAAUGGAGAUUAUCUCUGUACCAUCAGUAACCCUGUCAGCAGCAGUGAGGCUCCAUACAGGAUGGAUGUCAUGUAUGGGCCAGAAAAUGUUAGGAUCACAGGUAAAGAUAAUGUAACUGUAAGUGAACCUAUAAAACUGAUCUGCUCUGCUGACUCUACUCCAUCUGCCACGUUCACCUGGAUGUUAAAUGGAACUGUGAUUCCUGCUAAUUCUCCUGAGUUCUCAAAAGAAAAUGCUGAACUUUCUGAUGCUGGAAUUUACACCUGUCAAGCGUUGAAUCACAUAACUGACAGAAGAUCAUCUGCAACUUUUGAAUUGUUUGUUCAUGCAGGUAGUAUAUGUAACAGUGAUUUCAGAUAUGUUUGGUACCUCUGGAUGUUUCACCUUUAAUUUCUUCUAAUGAUCAGAAGGAUGGUGUUGGGGACAGAUCAGUGUUCAGAUGUUUUUGCUGGAUCUUAAUUGUGGCUGUUUCAUCAUGCACGUAUCAAAUAGUACUUCUAGAAGGUAAUCAGUUUUUUUUCUUUUUGUUUGUGUUGUUUCUUUCUUCUUUUGAACAAAAUGAGGCGGGUUAAUGGGCCAAUUACCUGAAUAGCCAAGGACUAUGAUAUACAAUAAGAUCAAAGGAUCAUCUUCAUCUGAGGGUUUUUGAGAAAUUAACAACAAUUAAACCGUUGACCGACCAAACAACGGAGAAUUCUGGUGAUGGACCAUAGACGGGUUUUCCACGACAUAAGUUCAGAUAAGCUUUGCUCAACUGAGCUAAAAACUACUGUUAGGCUAAAAAGUAAUUGAUUUAUUUCCUAUUACAAUAAAAUCAUCAAUAAACAUAUUAAGUUGAAGUAAAGGAGAACUUGGAGCAGGACGAUAAUGAUAUUAUAUAACAUGAUAAUCCAUCCAUUCCUUGUCUAUUCUUAGUCAUAGAUAUCUGCUGGAGUCCAUCACAGCUGAGUGAAAGGAAGGGGUACACCCUGGACAGGCCUCCUUUGCGGCAGCACAUAUAGAGGAAAUAAAAACCCUCACUAUUAUGACAAUUAUGAUUUAAAUUAUAUUUUACCUGUUAAACAGACUUUGGACAGUAGGAAGAAGCUGGGGUACCCGGGAAAAAACCCACACAAGCGUUAGCAGAACAUGCAAACUAAACACAAAAAGACUCCUGCCAACAUUUGAAUCAGAAAUCAUCUUGUUGUUAUUUCAUUAUUGUGUGAUAUGAUAACAUGUGGUCCUCUCAUGAAAUUGCUCUACAGAUGAAACACCAAAGGUGUGUGUAUUUGUGUUUAUAUUGUUCUGUAUACAUAUCUUACCUAUGAUACUACAAAUAAAAUGAUAGUUCUUCAAA